GUGUUGAGGAAAACAUCUAUCGAGGGAAACAAAAGCUUUGAAUCUCUCCGACGCCCCUCAAAAUCCUAACCCUAAUCCCUUUUCAAUUCCUAUUCGUUUUAAAUUCAAGGAUCGAAUUUAUCAUUAUUUCUUUUUAUUCGACAAAAAUGUCAGCGAUGGUGUGUGGCAAGAGGUCUUUCUUCGAGGAUAUCGACGCCGCCGCGGCGUCGCCGGCCAAUUCAUCGCCGCCGCCUUACAAGAAGUUCCGAUGCUCUUCGUCGACGUCUCCGGUUCGGUUCACGUACUCGCCGCCGGUACAAACUAGUUCGGUUGAUCAGCUCAAGGCUUUGUUUCCUGGAUUAGAAAUUCAGCUUUUAGAGAAAGCUAUUGAAGAGUCGGUUGAGGACUUGGAUUUGGCUAUAAAGAAACUUCAUGAGUUUUGUCGUGGACAUGUGAAGGACAAGGUUGACAUUGCUGAAGAAAGUUCAACCAUGGAAAACGUUGCAUCCCAAACAGGUGGGGAUUCAGUUCCUUUGCAGCAGCCUCAAACUCAAGACAACCUGCCGGCAGAUGGUGCAGAAUGGGUGGAUUUAUUUGUGAGGGAGAUGACGAGUGCUACUAGUAUAGAUGAUGCAAGACUCCGAGCAUCCAGCAUAUUGGAGAGUUUGGAGAAAUCUAUCAGCUCUCGGGCCAGUGUUGAGGCAGCUCAAAGCUCUCAUAAGGAAAAUUUGAUGCUGAAGGAACAUAUCGAGGUUCUUCUCCGGGAUAAUGCCAUCCUCAAGCGUGCUGUAGCAAUCCAGUACGAGCGCCAAAAGGAAAAUGAUGAGAAGAGCCAAGAGGUGCAACAUGCAAAGCAAUUGUUAGCACAGUAUCAGGAGCAGUUGCGAACUCUGGAGGCAAACAACUACGCCUUGACAUUGCGUUUGCAGCACUCUCAACUAAGCAACUCGUUUCCUGGUCGUUACAAUCCUGAUGUAUUCUAAUCGAUAGGUGGGGACUGACUUAUUUUAGUUGUGUGCGCCGGCACGAACUGCUGCCUAUGUUUUCUUUAGGCUGUAAAAGCCAAAAUGUCCAAUGCUAAGAUCAUGUACAAACCUUGAUAGAUAUCUAUCUAUACCUAUACAUAUAUAAAAGCCGAGUUUUGAGCAAUA